CUAAGCCGUUAGGAAGAAUUGUGUGAAGGAGGGUGGCAAAAAGAGAGCCUUUAGCCAUUUCUCCUAACUUUCAUCUCCCUCACUCUCCCUUAAAACCUCAACCAAACACUCUUGCUUCUUCAACUCGUCUCACUCUUUAUCCCCCUCUUAAAUCUAACCAAAACUCUCCUGUUUUGAUUGAUAGAUUCAAGUUUGUUAACUUGUUUUUUACUUUCUUUUUUCCCAAAAGAACAAAAAAAAAAAAAAAACAACAAAGAAAAGUAGUGUGCUGGUGGUUAGCUAGCUACCUCACUGCACUGCACUGCACUGUCUGUAUUCCAUUAGAGCUCUUAAUUGGUUUCCAUUUCUUCCCACAAAUGGAAGCUUUUUAUCUUUCUUCUCCUCCCUCCUCCUUUCUCCCCAGAACAAGAAGGCUUUGUUUCGUGGUCUCCAAGCAUAGACUGUGCCUCCCACUCAGGAUCAACAACAUGGUUUACUGCCAGGGUGGUGGGAGUAACAUUGUGACCACCGGGAGGGCGGUGGAUCAGGCCAGCAAGGCGGCGGCGUUAAUGGAGGCCGGGAGCUUGCUUUUGGCCCCCAAUGGGAAUGCCCAGGCGGCUGCUGCUUCUUCUGCUUCUGCUUCUGCUUCUGCUGCAGAGAAUGUUGGGAUGAAGGAAUUGGUGUCUUCUUAUGUAGAGAAGCAUGAAGAUGGUAUUGGCAUUGUUAGAUUCCUUCGUGGGAAGUCCUUUCUCAUCACUGGUGGAACUGGUUUUUUAGGAAAAGUUCUGAUCGAGAAGAUUCUGAGGACAGUGCCUGAUGUCCACAAAAUAUACAUCUUAAUCAAGGCAGACAACAAAGAAGUUGCUAUGGAGAGAUUGAAAAAAGAAAUCAUCAGUGCUGAGCUGUUCAAGUUUCUGAAACAAACCUAUGGGAAAUCUUACCAAGUCUUCAUGCUCAGCAAGUUGGUUCCCGUGGUCGGGAAUGUGUGUGAAUCUGACCUGGGAAUAGAUGAUCACACGGCUGAGAUGAUUGCCAAGGAGGUCGACAUCAUCGUUAACUCUGCAGCUAAUACAACCUUUGAUGAAAGAUAUGAUGUUGCUCUUGAUAUAAACACCGGGGGGCCUAAUCGCCUAAUGAAAUUUGCCCAUCAAUGCCACAAGCUUAAGCUCUUCCUCCAUGUUUCAACAGCUUAUGUUAAUGGACAACGACAAGGAAAGAUCAUAGAGAAACCAUUCUGCAUAGGUGAAAGUAUAGCGGGCGAAAGUGUGGUGAAUGGGAAUCAAGAAAGUUCAGUCCCUAAGCUGAAUGUUGAGGAUGAGAUGGAGAUGGUUUUGAGUGCUAAACAAGGUCUCUCAGAUGGUGCGAUGGCUCAGAAGAUGAAAGAACUCGGUCUAGAGAGAGCAAACAAAUUUGGGUGGCAAGACACUUAUGUCUUCACAAAGGCUAUGGGGGAAAUGAUGAUUGAUAAUAUGAGGGGUAAUAUACCGGUGGUUAUAGUUCGGCCUAGUGUCAUUGAGAGCACACAUAAAGAACCCUUCCCUGGAUGGAUGGAAGGAAACAGGAUGAUGGAUCCAAUUAUUUUGCACUAUGGGAAAGGGCAACUUACAGGAUUCCUUGUAGACCCCAAUGGAGUACUUGAUGUGGUUCCAGCAGACAUGGUUGUAAAUGCAACCUUGGCGGCCAUGGCAAAGCACGGGGCGGCUGGAAAACCAGGAACAAGCAUUUAUCACAUUGCUUCGUCUGUUGUAAACCCGUUAGUCUUCGAUGACUUGGCCAGAUUGCUGUAUGAACAUUUCCAAUCUAAGCCAUACAUUGACUCAAAGGGAAAACCAAUUGAUGUGCCAAGAAUGAAGCUUUUCAGCUCCAUGGAAGCCUUGUCUUCCCACUUAUGGCGAGACGCGAUUGACAAAAGUGGACUAACAGCUUUGGGAGAUUCCAAGGGAAAGCUAUCUACCAAGCUUGAGAAUAUCUGCAGAAAAUCAGUGGAGCAAGCAAAGUACUUGGCCAGCAUCUAUGAACCCUACACUUUUUAUGGUGGAAGGUUUGAUAACAGCAAUGCCCAGAAGUUGAUGGAAUGCAUGUCUAAAGAAGAAAGAUGGCAAUUUGGGUUUGAAGUCGAGAGUAUAGAUUGGAAAGAUUAUAUCUCCAAUGUCCACAUUCCUGGGCUUAGGAGGCAUGUCAUGAAAGGAAGAGGCUCAUGCAGCUAAGGGCCACACAUAAUGCUUCUUCUGCUUGUUAAUGUCUGCAGCUUAUUGUAAUGGAAGUAUAGUAAUGGUGCUCUUUUUCUUUUUUCUUUUUCUUGUGUUUUUUUUUUGGUGAGUUUUUCUUUUUUUCUUUCUUCCUUUUUCUCCAACAAGAUGGGAGCAAAGAAAUUGCAUGUUAAUCUCUGAUUAAAGAUGUAAUAUCCUUUGAAUUCAAGUCUAUAAGUGGUGUUUGGAGUUCCUUAGCAGUAAAGCUUGGAACUGAGAGAAGAUGUAUGUAGAAAUAUUACUGUAUUUGGAACCUUUGUCAGUUGAUUCAUCAUAUCCUCCUUUAUUAAUGGUACAUUUUAUA